UUUUUUUUUUGUGUGUGUGUUCCACCCGAUUUAUUCUUUGAGCUAAUCCGAAUUCGAUUUCGAUGAUCAAUUUUGGAUGGUUAGAUUCUAGGCCCCUUUCAAUUGUUAUUGCGGGGAAAAUACUUACACGAAUUACUAUAACUCUUGGUCCAGUGAGAAGAAAAUACUGUAAACAUUCAUGAGAAGUCUAGAAGCUUGAUAUGCACAUGAUUUUUACAACAAUUCCAAAAAUCCAAAACCCAGAAAAAUCUUUGCUUCCAGAAAUGUCCACUAGAAACCCCACUAAAACAACUUCUAUAUAUAGCAUCUCAUAAAUUCAAAAGUACUGUAACAUUAUUAUAUCAGCAAAAUCUAACAUUAUCCAAUUUUCCAAAUCAACUUUUAAUUCAUCAAUCAAACAUGGCUCAAUCACUUUCCCAAUUUAGCAACACAAUCCCCUUUACAAAAUCAUCAAACACUUUUUGUGGGCAUUCUUAUUUUUACCCAAAAAAAUUUCAGCAAAAAAAACCCAGCUUUAAUGGAGGAAUUAAAGCCAUGAAAGCUGAUCGAAGGGAAAAUCCUGAGUAUUUGCAGAAAUCUGGAUUGAGGAGGAGAGAACCUUCUGCUGCUCCUAUUGGGUUAUGGGACAGGUUUCCAUCUGCAAGAACAGUGCAACAAAUGUUGGACACAAUGGACAGGGUGAUGGAAGAGCCGGUUGCAUACAACAGCAGUUGGCAAUCGCCACUGCCCAACAACGGAGGCGAGUACGUGCGUGGGCGAACACCAUGGGAGAUUAAAGAAACUGAGGGUGCAUAUAAGCUGAGGUUUGACAUGCCAGGAAUGACUAAAGAAGAUGUCAAGCUUUGGGUGGAGGAGAAAAUGCUAGUUAUCAAGGCCGAAAAGGUGUCGAAAAGUAAGGAUGGUCAAGAGAAUGGUGCAGUGGAAAAUGAAGGAGAUUGGCCUGCUAAGAGCUUUGGUAAGUAUAGCAGCCGGAUUGUGUUGCCUGAGAAUAUCGAUUUUGAGAAGAUCAAAGCUGAAGUUAGAGAUGGUGUGUUGUAUAUAACCAUUCCGAAAGCUAGUAUUAGUAGCAAGGUGCUAAGCAUCAAUGUGGAAUAAUGUUGGGUUAACAUGAUAUGAUCCUCCCUGCUUGUCUAUGCUAGUGUUAACUGUUAAGCAAGUGGUGCAAGUAAUUCUAUGUACUAGUAGCUGUUUUUGUAUCAAAUUAGCACUAGUAAUGUAUUCACUACUACUUUUAGAAGGGAGGGUUAAUUCUCUAAAUUGAAUGUUAAGUAUAAUAUAGCCGUAUAGGAUUGUAUAUUUGUAAACUUUGGGGUUCAAUGUUAAAAGCGGAGAAAUAAUAGAGGAUACAUUUUUAAGACUACAAAAAAAUUGUUUGGAACCAUUUAUGGCUAUUAGAGUCAAUGAUGGAUUACGUGUUUGUAACUUGCAAAAUCAGUAGUUAAGAAUUGAAGUAGAUGGAUGCAAAUAUGCAAUCGGCCAAUUGUUGUGUCCUCUAAUGAAUUAGAUGAUGU